UGACAUUUAAAAUUCGAUCCAGGGUCUGUAGUUAAUUUGGAGUUAGCCUCGUGUUUUUUAAGAUUGUAUUAAACUGGUUUUGGGGAAAAAACGAAAGAAAAUGGAUAAUCGUAUUCGUGAAUUAUUAGCUUCUUUAGGCAUUGGACUAGUCGUAGGUGCAAGUGGAGCUAUUAUUUUUGAGCGCGUCUUUAGCAGAACAUCGAGAGAGUUAAGCAAGCUUUCUGACUUGGUUGUAGAAAUUCGAGAUGAACUGGACAGGCUAAAAAGUGUUUUGUCGGAGUCCACCGACUCGGGUUCCUUGCGGCCUAAAGUUAGAAAGGCUGGUUCAUAUUAUAGUAUCCAUCCAAGCAGUGGUGAUGAAGAUGAUGACGAAUUUGAAGAAGCGUAUGAAGUAUUUACAACUGCACCUGAAUCUUUACUGUACAAGGAUGCACCAGAAUACCUUGAAGCUAAAAUUGAUGACGAGGAAUUGACAGCUCAUCUCAAAGAGGUUGACAAGCUUUUCAAAGGCUCCGAGGAUGAAGUCGUCAGUGCUUACGAUCUGUUGAUUAGAAAUAGAGAAAAGUAUUCUGGAAAUGCUCAGUUUUUAUGGCGAUUGGCGAAAUCUCAUAUGUUGUAUAGUAGCAUCAAAUCAAAAAGAGGCGAAACAGAGGAACAGAAGAAACUGCUUUAUGAAGGAUCGGAAGUUGCAAAGAAGGCUUUGACAUAUGAUAACAAAUCUGCGGAUGCUCACAAGUGGUUUGCCUUGUUAAUUGGUAGUCUUGCUGACUUUGAAACAACCGCUCAAAAAAUAGCGAAUGGUUUCCUCUUCAAAGAACAUAUAUUAAAAGCCAUUGAACUUCGACCUACCGAAGCAUAUUUGUAUAAUUUUUAUGGAAGGUGGUGUUAUGAAGUUGCGAUGCUUAGUUGGUGGGAGAAAAGGGCAGCACAAGCCAUCUAUGGUUCUCUACCGGAGUCUACCAUCGAUGAGGCAUUGUCCAAUUUCCUAAAGGCAGAGGAGAUCGAUCCUGGAUUUUAUAAUGCGAAUGCUUUGAUGAUUGCAAAGUGUUACAUUCAAAAGAGAGAGUACACCAAAGUAGCUGGCUGGUUAGAUAAAGCUAUAUCCAUCGGUGGGGAAACAGCAGAUGAACUGAAAGCAAGAACAGAAGCAACAUUGCUACUUCCACAGUAUAGGUAAUAAAUAACAACCACCUGUAGUCUGCAGUACACCUAUAGAUCUGGCCCUCCAGAUUUCACUAAAGAAGGAGGUUAGAACAAAAUUUUCU